UCCGGCGGAGCGUGACGGAUUCAAACGACGCUAGGAAACAGGUAUAGUACUCUGUGAUACAAUGAAUUGCUUUUCAGCAUUCCAGUGAAAUAAAAUUGUUAUUUUAAAAUUGGAACAGCGAGAUAUUGGCUACAUUCUAGGUCUGAACAACGUCUAACAACACUUUGAAACGAGAAUAGGAGAUUUGUCCAGCGGCAGCUCGCAAUGAAGAAUACUCUUCCCCCUCCUCCCUCCCCUAUGGGACAAAAAAUGUCGGCGAAAUUAAGGAUGAUUUUAGAGGGGAAAGUAGCGAUUUCGUAUUUCAUUGCUUAUAUCCUCUUAGUUUUAGCAAUAUUUCAAGGUAAAAGUGUCACGGAAACAUGGCGCAUUGCCACAGGAAGCGUGAUUCUUGGUUUGAGUUUAUUUGUGACUCUUUUUGUCCCAUAUUCUUCGGUUGCCAGGCGAGCCUCCAUGUUAGGUAGCGUUUUUGGAAUUGCCCUUCUUCUAAGCUUUGGUGAAACAAAAUGGAGGUAUUUUGGCUGGUACUUGGUGUCACUCUCGUUCUUUCACUUCUCUGAGUAUGUCAUGGUUGCAAAAUAUUGUCCGGACAAGUUAUCUACGGAUUCAUUUCUACUCAAUCACAGUCCAGAGUAUCAAAUUGCCGCAGUUGCUAGUUGGGUUGAGUUUGUCCUAGAGUGGUGGCUUUUCCCUCAGAUGAAGAAUUUGUUACUCUUAAGUUUUCUGGGUUUGCUCUUGAUGGUUGGAGGGGAAAUUCUACGAAAAGUCGCUAUGAUAACAGCAGAAUCUAACUUCACACAUCUUAUCCAGACCAGAAAGGAGAGAGGUCAUGUUUUAGUGACUCAUGGAAUUUACAGUCUCUGUCGACAUCCGGGAUAUGCAGGCUGGUUUUGGUGGAGUAUAGGAACUCAAAUCACACUAGCUAACCCAGUUUGCCUUAUGGCAUAUGUGUGGGCUUCAUGGAAGUUUUUCAGUGACCGCAUCCAUGAUGAGGAAAUCACACUAAUCUGUUUCUUUGGUGAUGACUACCUGGCAUAUCAGAAAAACGUUACAACUGUAGGAGUACCAUUUGUCAAAGGUUUUGAGUACACUCCAGAAAUGGCAGAUGACUCUUAACUGUGAGUUGUGUGUUGAAGUUGCUGAGAGGUCAUUGAAGAGACUAAAAAAGCUGACGGUUUUAUGAGUGGUAAAAUAUAAAUGUUUAUGCUUUUACAGGGUUCGUACGGGUCCUGGAAAGCCUGGAAAGUCCUGGAAUUUUAUUGAGGCAUUUUCCAAGACUGCAAAGUCCUGGAAAGUUUUGGAAAUCUGUUAAACUCAAGUACAUGUAAUAAAAUGAAAUGUAUGGCAGACAGUAAGGAGGAUUAACACUGAGAUUUUGGGAAUGAAAGGUUUGAUGUAGGCUCGAUUACCAGUCACUGUUCGGGAAAGGAGCCCGCGCUCCUCCCUAGACCAGACAUGAGAGAGCGGCAGAAAUCUAGCCUAGGGUUAAUGUGAAUUUUAGAGUUCUGGAAAAGGCCUGGAGUUUUGUUUCUGAAAAAGGGUAUGAACCCUGUUUCACAAUGAUGCAUAAGUGCAUAUAAGAACUUCAUUACAAAACCAACGCCGUAGGGUUCUUCUGUAUUUUUAGGAAAAGUAACUGAAGACGUUUUCUCUCAAGGUCUUGGAAAAAUGUUGAAAUAAAGUCAAGGAAAUUCUACGUUUCUGCUCGGGUGCAAUAAAUGCAUACAUAUAUGCAGCUACAAUUAUUUUCAUCAGACCAUCUGAUGGUUGCUUCAUGAAACUGAAGCUGGGAUAAACUCUACAUGUUUUCUCAAUACAUGUGUUUUUUUUUUUGUUUUUUGUUUUGCUUUUCUUUGUAGUGUUAUAUACUGAGUAUGUUCCUGUUGAUGUAUACUUCUUCUCAUGCCAUAUUUAUUAAAAUUAUAUCUUUUCUUUUCCCUUGCUUUUUUUUCUUAAUGUUAAUAGCUCGACAUUGCUUUUUACCCUGUGGAGUAUUCCUUUUCUCAAAAAAAAAGUGAACCCCCUCACAAAUUUAAUGGAUCCAUCCCGUACGAGAUGGACAACUUUCUGUCACAGAUUUGAGAUCAAAUUGAAUGCAUUUAAUGUUUUCUUUCGACAAAAAGUAAGGGUAGUGCUAGAGUGGAUGCACUGCGGUUAUUACCAGAGAAAACAUAUGUGGCUUUUCUUGUUUGUUUGUUUGUGUUUUACAAACUCGUUAUCUAAUUAAGGGAGGGCGUUUACGCAAAGAAGGCAAUGAAUAAUUGUGACAGGGU